AUGGUCCCAGCACUUACUCAUGGCCACGUGCAUCAUACGAGACACGAAAGUGCUCCUGGUCAAUGUGUACGCGCCGAGCACGGGAAAGCCAAGGAGACAAUUUUUCAAGCAGAUUGCAAAACUAAAGUUGCCGGAAGAUGUACCCAUUCUAGUGGGGGGGGUGAUUUCAACUGUUUUACGGACCCAGAGCUGGAUCGUGCUGGUGGAGGUUCUUCGGUAGAAGGAGGUGCCAAAAUUCUGAUGGAUUGGGCCAUGCCCAAGCGCUUAAUGAUCCCGAUGGAGUGGCGAAAACCGGGUACGAUUAAUGCCACUACAACCAAGUGCUUUGCCGCCCAAAACCACACAUAUCGGUACCCGUACAAAUCUGUCAUUGCAUUCAGCAGGAUUGUUCGUUGGUACCUCUCGACAGCCUUACCAACCUGGGUCAGCCACGUAGAGGUCGUAUCGAUCACGGCGCCACUUAAAACGGGCCACAAGGGACCUCCAGGAUCCAGCCGCAACGAAGCGAAUAUGUGA